AUGUCGAAACUUGAACCAAAUGCAAUCGAUAAAACGAAAUCGUUGCCUCGCAUUGAACUGACAUCGCCCAUAUUAGCUGCAUCUGACAAUAAUUCACUGAGAUCUUACAAUAGUUGCAAAGUGGUUCAUGGGCAGGAAAUGCUGCAGAAACCUACUGAAAGACAAUCAAAUGUAAAAGCUCUGAUCGACAAACACAGGUUGUUUCAAGACAAAUUACUAAAUGCUAAAGUAAACGACUUCAACACCAAAAAGAAAUCGUUUGCCAAUGCUUGUGAAAGCUUUUGUGCUUCGUACAACGAUUGUAAAAAAAUGGAAGGUGACUCGGGACAAGUGGAAAACGUCGAAAAUUUCGUGAAAAAUCAUGUGUUUGAAGUUUCGAAUCCCAACAUUUUAUUAGAUGAUCAUAAACCACUGGAAGUAGAAAAACAUGUGUUAAGGUCCGAAAAUAUUGAUUUCAAAACUGGAACUAAAGAGUUAGAUGGAAUUUUGACCACUAUGUGCAAGCGAUUUUGGCAAAAUUUGGUUUCCGUGUUCAGCAUCAACAAUGCUUACUACCAAUGUUUGACACAAAUUUUGGACAAACGUAAAUUUAAAAAUCUCGAGGACGUAAAGGUUCAUGUCAAUUCUGUGUUAAAAAUAGCUGGUGAUGAUUGUGAAGUAAUCAGAUCGGAACUACUCGCCUCUUCCAAGGAGUCUAUGGAAAAGUUGGGCACAGUAUUAAACAGUAAAUUAAAUGAGAAAUUAAAGAAACCUCCCCCGUCAAAUCACGGUAGCAAGAUGGCUGCUCUCAGAAUUGAGUUGACUGAAACUAAGAGGCGUACGAAGAUUGCUGAAAAUAAUAUCGCUCAACUCCAAAAAGAGAAGAAAGACUUGUUAAACAUAUUAAGCAGCUACGAUUCUGAAAAUGUUAACAAAGUAUCGUUGGAAAAACGGCUCGAAGCUGUAAGGCAGAACAACAAUGAAUUACGGGAUUUAAUUAGUACUAUUUUCGAAAAAAAAAUGCCUAUGUAUAUAUAA